CUGAGGGGCACAGGCACGGGCUGGCACAGGAGCUGGCGCGGCUGCUGAUGCUGUCCCGGCGCUGCCCCUUCCCCGACGUGCGCCAGCGCUGCGAAGCCAUCCUGGGCGGCGUGCAGGAACUUGGAAUUAGAAUUCCUAGACCAGUGGGACAUGGACCAAGCAGAUUCAUCCCAGAGAAGGAGAUUCUUCAAGUGGGAAAUGAAGACGCCCCGAUGCACGCUUUGUUUGCUGAUUCCUUUGCUGCUUUGGGCCGUUUGGACAACGUUACCUUGGUGAUGGUUUUUCACCCACAGUAUCUAGAAAGUUUUCUAAAAACUCAGCACUAUCUACUGCAGAUGGAUGGUCCAUUGCCUCUUCAUUACCGACACUACAUUGGAAUAAUGGCUGCAGCAAGGCAUCAGUGCUCCUAUCUUGUUAACCUCCACGUUAAUGAUUUCCUUCAUGUUGGAGGAGAUCCCAAAUGGCUGAAUGGCCUGGAAAAUGCACCUCAAAAACUGCAGAAUUUAGGAGAAUUGAACAAAAUAUUGGCUCAUCGGCCCUGGCUUCUCACCAAAGAACAUAUUGAGCAACUUUUGAAGACUGAAGAGCAUAGCUGGUCCCUGGCAGAGCUCAUCCAUGCUGUAGUUCUCCUCACGCACUACCAUUCACUUGCUUCUUUCACAUUUGGCUGUGGAAUCAGCCCGGAAAUUCAUUGCGAUGGGGGCCACACCUUCCGGCCCCCUUCAGUUAGUAACUGUUGUAUCUGUGAUAUUGCAAAUGGUAACCAUGGGGCUGAUGAGAUGCAAGUUAGCCCCACUGGAAGCAUCUCAACUGCAGAGUCUCUCUGUGAAGUUGAAGUGCUCAUGGAGAAAAUGAAGCAGUUACAGGAGUGCAGGGAUGAAGAGGAAGCCAGCCAAGAAGAGAUGGCCACACGUUUUGAGAGAGAGAAGAGGGAGAGCAUGUUUGUGUGUUUUUCAGAGGAGGAAGAAUUGGCACCAACUAGAGAUGUCUCUCGUCACUUUGAAGAUACAAGCUAUGGUUAUAAAGACUUCUCCAGACAUGGAAUGCAUGUGCCUACUUUCCGUGUUCAGGAUUAUUCCUGGGAGGACCAUGGCUAUUCCCUGGUUAAUCGUCUUUAUCCAGAUGUGGGACAGCUACUUGACGAGAAGUUUCAUAUUGCAUACAACCUGACCUACCACACAAUGGCUAUGCACAAAGAUGUGGAUACUUCCAUGCUUAGACGUGCAAUCUGGAACUAUAUCCACUGCAUGUUUGGAAUAAGAUAUGAUGAUUAUGACUAUGGUGAGAUUAAUCAGUUGUUGGACCGCAGCUUUAAAGUUUAUAUCAAAACUGUGGUUUGCACUCCUGAGAAGACCACAAAAAGAAUGUAUGAUAGUUUCUGGAGGCAGUUCAAGCAGUCUGAGAAGGUUCAUGUUAAUUUGCUUCUGAUAGAAGCUCGCAUGCAAGCUGAACUACUUUAUGCUCUGAGAGCUAUUACUCGCUAUAUGACCUGAUAUCUCUGGCAGGCUAACGACGAUGGAACAUUCAGCAGUCUAGAGCGAAGCUACUAAGCCUGGAGGCCAAUGGUAGCUAAAAACUGAGAUGCCCAUUGUGCCAUAACGCCUUUAGUUUCAGCUAUUUCAUUGUUUGAAAUAUCACUGCUCUCAUUGAGAAGUGAAUGCUUGGCAGUUCAGAAGAUAGGGUUGUGCUGCCUGAUCACAGCAUUUGGCUUUAGACAACACGGGAAGCCCUAUGACUUGUGGCAAUCUAGCAAAUGAUAGAUAUAUAAAUCUUGUAUUAAGGCAAAUGCAGCAGGAGCUGGAACAUGAAGAGAAUUUGCAGCAAAGUGGGACAUUUGCUUUUGAUACAAGAACAAUUUUAGAAAAUCUUGAUGCUGCUAUUUGUGCUGGUGUAAUGAACAGACAGAGGCUGUUUGAGUUAAGCUAAAAGUGAACAUGAGCACUGCUACUGUCUGAGCCUACAUUUUGCGUGGUUUUUAAAGAAGGCUUGAUAUUUAGCAACUUAAAAAAAAAUCAGAAUUAAACCUCUUUUGUCCACACUGACAGUUUUGGAAGCUAACAGUUUUCUUAAACGUAGAUUAGCCUUAAAAAUGCUGUAGGAUAAUUUGUACAGCAUUGUUUGGUGAAAAGCCAAAGCACGGUGGUCUUCCUAUGAGGGAAAUUCAGUCCUUGGGCUAUUUGGAGACACGUUAUGUAACAAUGUGUAAUGCUGAACAGCUCCUUAACCUGCUUUUCAAGGAUGAAUACCUGUCACUGAUGCCCCUUUAUUUGUUAUCUGGCCCCUAGACACACAACUACAGGGCAAGGUGUGGGAAUGUUACUCUAGGCUGCAAAGAAGCCCAUGCAUCACACUUAUUGCUGGUCUUCUUGAUUUUGCAGCUGCUUAAGUAAUUAGGCUGAAACACAUCUGGUUUAGGGGGAAAACAUGCAUAAAAUGCUCAUGUUUAACAUUAUAUUUGGUUUUGGAGAACAUAUGAAUACUUCUGUAUAAGUGUCAAUUGCUUUUGAAAUCCUGUCAGUAUUACUGGUAUUUUUUAAAUAAAGGGUAACAACUUUUCUUGUUCUUUCA